UUCUACAAACACUCCAAUCAAGCUUUUACAAAAUGGUUCUGGGAGCAAACUGACCAGUUGUCUGUUGUUACACUGUCCAAAUAUAGUCUGCUAUUAAUAGUCUAACCUCACAGGCCUUCAUGUUUUCUGCCCUGAAUCUCUGCAGAGAAGCUGAGAGGAGAACGAGUGCUGGACUUGAUUGUUUAUAGACCUCUAGUUUAUCUCAGCCUUUUGCAGCAUGGAUGACUUCCAGCAGGUUGAGCAGGACUUCUACCAAACGGGAUAUUACAUAGAUGACCAGGGCCGUGCUGUGGCUUAUUACGACACUGAUAGUGCACAAAAUGCAAACAGUAUGGAUCUUUACAUGGAGCAGCAGUAUCCUGGAGAGAUCUACCAGCCCACCAUGCAUUCCACUGGAACUGAGUAUCUAGAGGAGGAACCUCCACUUCUUGUUGAACUGGGAAUUGAUUUUGAUCAUAUGUGGCAGAAGACCCUCACAGUUCUAAACCCCUUGAAGCCUGCAGAUGGCAGCAUUAUGAAUGAGACAGAUCUGACAGGUCCCAUCCUCUUCUCCAUCGCUCUGGGCAUCACUUUAAUGAUGGCAGGUAAAGUUCACUUUGGUUAUGUGUAUGGGAUCAGUGCCAUUGCCUGCAUUGGCAUGUACACCCUGCUGAGUCUGAUGAGCCCCCUGGGAGUUUCUUAUGGUUGUGUGGCUAGUGUCCUGGGAUAUUGCCUCCUACCCAUUGUGGCCCUCUCUGCGUUUGCUGUUUUCUACUCCUUGCAAGGUAUUGUGGGAACAGUCCUGGCUCUGAUGGCCAUUUGUUGGUGCAGUUUCUCAGCCUCCAAGAUCUUUAUCUCCACCCUGGCAAUGCAGGAGCAGCAACUGUUGGUGUUUUACCCUUGUGCUCUGUUGUAUGGACUUUUCACACUGCUCACUAUCUUUUAACAUCCAGUUGAUCAAAUCCAACUUCUAAUUUCCAUACAGAGGUCUACUGUCUGUGAUUCCUGCAUUUUACAAAUAUCUUUGGAAGUGUGAAUGCCAUUAGAUAUUUGCCCUCAAAUACAGGAGUAAAUGAAUGUGGAGAUUUUUGUUUUGUUUUUGCCCCAAAACAAGAAAGUCAGUAUUUUUUUUUCAAAAUGUCUGCACAGUUAAGAGAGAGGCUAUUAAAGGGCAAUACAAAUACGAGAAUCUAUUAAUCCCAGUACAAACAUUCAGCAAGCACCAAAGCAGUCAUUCUUCUUUGUUGCAGCAGGGGGCGCUAAGCUUCCACAUAUUGAUGAAGUUAUGCUGUUGAGUGUACAGAGAACGUGCUUUUUCUUCGCCCUUAUCAUGUGCAGCAGUGUUUAGAAAGUGUAUGGAAACAGGUCGAAUUUAAGGUUUUCCGUUGUUUUUUGUGAAGACGUUCCAGCUUAAUCAAGUUUGCUUCAGAAAUAUCUCUAAUUAGAAUACUCUUCUUGUCGCAUUCACUUUGUUGCGCAAGUGUAUGUGUUGCAUGAUCUUACAGGUGUGAAUCAGUCAAAAAUGAGAAAUACUUUAGCUUUCUUUGGGACAAAAUGGCACAAAAGAUGAAAAAUACUACCCAUGCUGUUGUUGGUGAUAGAGCAAGAGUAUCUGUUGUUGACAUACAGCUGGAUGAAGAUACCACUGAUAUUGAGGUGUGUAAAGAAAACCUGGUAUGAUCAACAAGAAAAUGUAUUGAUCACAAACAUUGACUAUUGAGUUUCUUAAAAUAUGAGAUUCAAAAAAUAAAUGCAACAGUGAGUAUCACCAGUUACCAAAUCGCUUAAAAGUGCCAUUGACUGGACAACAGUUGAAAAAAGUAGAAAUGUGACUUAAAAUGCUGCAAGUUUAUCAAAUCUGCUGUAAAGUAUGAAUUCAUCUUAUAGGUUUAAACUAAAAGUUCCCAUAUUUUCUGGAAAACCAUCAAAAAUUAGACAUUUACUGAACUAUUAAAAUAAAUCAUUCUCACAUCAUAUCAAAGUUGUAUGGAGACAUAAUUUGACUCUGAUGGCUUCAGACUCUGUGAUAUUCUGCAGACAACUCAGUUGAGGGUUAGAGGGAAUAGAGAGAAACAAGGGGAGGCAAGAUGUGGAGCUUCAUAUAGUUUGCUGUGAUAUUAACAGUGACUAACUUCUAAAGGGUCCCCAGUCAGGCAGCUCUCUAUCCAUGCACAAGGUCAACCAAAUGGGUUGGGUGGGAGAACAGAGAGAAAUGUUUGCAUUAAAGUCAAUUCUGCAGCUUGAGAGGCCUGAGUCCACAACACAAACAAAUGAAACAAAAUCAGCAUUGACAAUAAACUCUGAACUUCAGCUGCUGUCCUUUUCAGCCACAACCAAAGAUCGAACAAUUUGUUCCUAUUUAUGAACACUUAUACUUACAUGACCAUGUCAUGGAGCUGACAGAUAAACGAUGAUGCUAGCACACUCUCAUUCCUAAUGGCAAUUUAGACUGAGUCACUCCUAACAGUCAUGUUUUUGGAUGUGGGAGGAGGCCAGACUACCCAGAGAUAACCAAUGUAUGCAUAGGGAUAAUGUAUGAACACCCCAGGUUGGGAUUUGCCUGGGAUAAGUUAGGAUGUUUAGAUGUUUUAAGCCUGUGUAUUCUUGACUUAAAUUUACUUAGAGGGGGCUUUAAAGGUAAAUCUUAUUUCCAUCAGGCUAUUCCAUUGGAUUAUUAAGAGAGUUUCCUCCCGUGCGCCAUGACCUAAAGUGUGGUUUUAACCUGAGCCCUAACUCAACCCUUCAAUUGAUGAAUUCCUCUGCUGACCUGUUGUCAAAAUACUUGAUUCUAUAUCCUCAAUCUGAACUGAGGAAAAGCACACAGUUAGCUGAAGUGAUGGCAUAAACAACAGCCACGGAUUGUGUUUAUAUUAGUGAGAACAACCUCCCUUCCUUACGGAGGCGAUAUAUGUGAGGGAACAUGUGUGCAUGUUUGACAGAAAACAGAGGGAAAAGAGAGGACAAUCCCACGGUGGGACUGUGAGGAGCAAGCCCGCUCUUUCUUCUCCUAACUGUUUGGAUUGGUUAAAGCAAACAAAUCCCUCCGGCCAAGCGGUAGGCUCAAGACAAGCACUCCCCGGGCCCCGCACAGUCCUCUCGCUACUUUACACUAAACUCUUCCAGAUGAUUUAUGAGCUCUCUCUUCUUAGAGGCUCUUUGCUGCUCACCUUUCAUUCGGCAAAGCUCGGCUGACGGGGAUCUGUAAGUUUACUUGGCGCGCUGGAAGCCGUCAUUAACCAGGGAGAUCUGUUUUAACUCGCGUCCUCCCUGCAGCACUUUAUAGUGUUUAAGGAUGUAAUAUGGAUUAGCAAUGUUUGCUGUACUUCCUGCUUGUACAGUCUGUUGUCUGUAGGUUGAGAUGAAACUUGAAGGUUUCAUAAGAAGUUUCAUCGGUCUUGUGUUUCCCUGUGAAUGGCCACACAUUCAGGUCCAUGAAUGAUCACAGAUGCAACCAAAAGCCAUGUCCUUUAUUUAUAAGGAUUUUUACUUCACUGUUUGAACGCAGACAUUAUCUUUAUUUUAAGGUGAAUUAUCAAGUUAGAGAAGAUUUGCACUGUACUACCUCUGUGAUGUUACUUUUUUGUGUUUUGUUCUCAUUAGUCCUGUCUUUGUUGGAUCCCCAUAUUCCAUUAUCAUCAUAAGGAUUACUAACCUGUUUCAAUUUCUUUGCUUAUUCCUGACAGACAUUCACUACAUUUAUGCUGUCACACUAGAGAUCCAAUUUCCUAAGCCUGUUUUACUACCACCCUAGAUAAUAAGUUUAAUUACUGAAAUAAAUUAUUGGAAGGUGCAAUUUUUUUGGUGUGCCACUGUAAAAUGAUCUAUAUGUCUACAAAGAAAAGAGGUGUCUCUGGAUGAGAUGAUGAACUCGACUCUCCGCAUCAGUGCUGUCCAAAGCCAGUCCUCAAACAUUGAUCAUUUUUUUUCUUUUUUCUUAAAUAUUUCUUUAUUGUAACUCUGGUAUAACUGAUUUAAGUGGAUGGGUUGCUACAAGACCUUUGCAGAACUUGCUGACAACUGACCAGCUGAGUAGGGAAUUCAUUCAUUUGAAUCUGCUGGGCUGAAUCAAGGACACAUUUUAACACGAACCCGGGACCACAAUUCACAUGAUGCUAUAGAAGAGGAAAGCCAUAGCAUGGUUUGAACCACAUGUAGUUUGAACAUAGUUUUGGGAAAAGGGCCACACCUUAACCACAUUUCUAAUUAGCAAUCUACCCGUACUAAGUUCAACCAUCCUUCACUUUCCAUUAUGUUCGUUCAAACCAACUCUCCCUUAUCCCUAUUCAUCCCAUCUUGCUCAUCCCUACUUCAUAUUUUCAUUCUUCAUCCAUUCCUCCUU